UCGCCUUAAAAGUGGGAGGGCUGCUCGAGAGCGCCGGAAAACCGCGAGGAGCUGUCUCCGUUACGCGUGGUGCUGAAAGUGUCUGCAGCAUCAUGUGGUCGGUUUUCUUUGUCUUUCUGUCUUAUCUGGACAAGAACGUCGUCAAGGGCGACUUCCUGAGCCGCGCUUUGGACGCGGAGAAGGAGAGCAAAGAAAUGUUAUCAAUGCUCAACGGCACCUUUUGCGCAAAAAUGUCAACCGUGAGGGAAAGCUUCCUCUACCAGGUGUCAGACGGAGCCGAGGUGGUGCGCUCCGUCGUCAGCCCCGCCGGGAAGCUCGUGAACUGCUCUGUCAUAGCGAACCAGAAGCAGGUGAAGUCGUUCAUGCAUGAGUGCAGGUUGGAGCAAAAAGAACAGAGAGGCCGGCAGCUGGAGACGCGUUUUGCGCGCAAGGAUGAAGCUAAACGGAUGUGCCGCGAGUUUAAAGAGAGCUCGGAGCGCAGUGGUAGGAUGGAAGGGGAUGCCAGUGAUGACUCGGCGCUGCAGGACAAGGUUUUAAAAAGAUCCAAGAGAGGCUUCACUUAUCCUGGGACCCUAUGGUGUGGAGCUGGAAACAUGGCUGAUCACUAUGACCAGCUGGGAGAAUUUGCCGAGACCGACAGCUGCUGCCGUAUCCAUGACCACUGCCCUCAUGUCAUCCACGCCUUCUCCUCCAAUUACGGACACACUAAUUUCAAGUGGCACUCCAUCUGUCAUUGUGACUGUGAUAAUGCGUUGAAAAGUUGCCUGAGGAAAGUCAACGACACAUCUUCCAGGGUAGUUGGUCAGGCGUUCUUCAACGUGAUCGGUGUGCCUUGCUUUGAGUUUGCCUAUGAAGAACAGUGUGCAGAGCGGCACUGGUAUGGCCUGUGUAAACGAUUUGAGAAGGUUCGCAUUGCUGUGCUACAAGAGGCGGUCCCGUACGACUUUGGUGGCAUUGAAGUCAUCGACAAGCUGCCGGUCGGUUCUCCCAAGAAGGAAGAUUCCAAGAAGAGCAAAGAAGAAGAGAAAUCAGAGAGUACAACAGAGUCUACAAUGUCAGGCCCGGAAGAGCCUUCACUCAGAAAGGUUGUCACCGCCGCUGAGGACUUCAUCAAGGUCCUCGCUACUGUCUCCACCUCUCAAAGCUCCACUAGCGACUCCGAGAAAGGCGAGACGCAAAGCUCAGAAAAGAAGAAGAGGAAGAAUAAAGGGAAGAAGAAGAAAACCAGCAAAAAACAAAAGGGAAAAGGAAAGGGGAGAAAGAGAAAGCAGAAAGCAGAGGAAGGAGCUGCUGUGUCUCCCUCUGGCAGCAGAGCAGAAGAAGUCAUCGGUAACUUUAUCAACGAGUCACACAAACACAACCAGUCGAGUAGAAACACAAACAGAGUCGAUGACAGUGAAUAUACACUUGGAGCAAAAGAAGAGCCCUUUAAUGAGGUCAUGAAAGAUGAACCAGCGAUGGAAAAGGAGACCGUUUCCAUUACGUCACCUACGACAGUUCAAAAGAAACCGGCGGAGUCCGCGGAAGAACUCGUUCUUUCUACGCCAACAACCACGACAACUGUUAUUCCACAUGAAGCAAAAACCAGAAGGCUAAGAAAGUGGAGGAGAAAGAAGAGCAAGAAAAUCCCUCUUCCUUCCUCUGAAGAGCUUGUAACGAACACAGCAGACAACUUAAGGGCCCUUUUUGUCACCACUAUCAUUACCAUUAGCCCAACGGCACAGCCCGAGCAACAAAGCUUUGCUGUCACCACUGCCAGUACCCCCAUUGUAAUCCCCAAAGUCAAAAGGAACAGGUCAAAGGAGAGAGGGGACAGAGAGGGGAGGAAAAAUAGGAGGAAAGUCAGCUCGGCUUCUUCCAUUGUGGCUACUGUCCAUGAAAAUUCAGCCGCGGACAAUCUGAGAGUGAUCCCUCUCACCGGGGCUCCCACCAUACUGUUGGCGCCCGCCACAGAGCGGCAGGUUUCCCACAGGAUGGACGUUUACGGGAAGAAGACAGCCAUCCAUGUUACAGCUCUGAACUCCUCCUUUAGUGUUUUGAAAAAGCAAGACUCAAAAGGACUAAGGAGCAGAAUGAGAAAAACAGUUCUGCCUCUUUCGAGUGAAAAUCCCCUUUUUCAUAACAGCUCUGAAAAUGUGCUUCCUAUACUUCCAACUCCAGACACAAGUUAUGCACUGAACAGCCCCACAACCACUUCUGCAGAAGAAACAGAAACUCACAGUGAGUGGAGGCUUUUUACUACUAUCACAGCAGCCCCGUCUAUCAUUACAAAACGACAAAGGCAACAGAGAAAACCAAGAAAGAAAGCAAUGCCUGCUGCUCUCAGAGAUGGAGUUUCUAUCCCUGAACAAACACCAAUGACUUUCACAAUCGCGCCAUCCAAAGUCGCCACCACUGAAGAAACCAAUCUAGACAGAUCUGAAAAGCCCUGCGUGACCACCUCAGCAAUUCCGGUCAUGAGUCCAAUUCAGUUAUCUAUUGAGAGAGCAAAAGCACAAUUCAGCAGGAAGAAGAAGAGGAGGAAAGCAGCACUGUCUGUUAGACAACAAUGAGCCAUGUAGUGCAACAGGAUAGGCUGAUCAAAACUUAGCUGGCUAGGCUAGCGCCUUUCGAUCAGAUAAACUUCUACAUCAAAACAAGUUUCACGGUAUAAUCUUUUCUGGUUCAGCAUUUAAAUCACAGAAAUGGACAGAAAUCAUGUUUGAUUGUAAUGUGAGAAUCAUGUUUUUCUAAUACGGUUUUCUGCAUGCCCAAAAUAAAAUUUCUGAAUGAUUAUAUGAAUGUA